UAUUCUUCAAUAUAUACACAAUAGCUUAUUAUGUAACUUACCAUUGUUAGAAAAUUUUAACACACUCAUCAAUAUCUCUACUCAGAUGCUUUCCACGUGUGACUCUAUAAAUAUAACAAAAUACGAGUUAAAAGAUGAUGCUAGAGAUUUUCUUUAUGAAAGAAUUAUUAUUAUUUAUAUGAAGAGUAGACAAAAAUCCUGGCGAAAAUUCAAUGAUCUCAUCCCCGAAAAAGGAACCUCAAGCCUUAGGGAAAAUCUUAAAGCUAUGCGUAAUGAUACUGAAAAUAACAUACCUACUUUAAUAAAAAAGUCCAACUUA